UUAGAUGAUCUUCUUCUGGCUUUUAAAAUAUCACAAAACUUACAGCUCAGGGCUUCCUCAGUUGCUGGUUCCCCUCGUAUGAAAGACAUCAGACAUAUCCCGCUUGAGGGACAUUCUAUAAAAUGACGAGAACUCCUUAAAACCGCCAAGGUCUUGAAAAACAAGGAAAGUAUGAUAAACUCUCACAGCCAAGAGGAGCCUAAGCAGACAUGACAACUAAACGGAAUGUGGUGUCUUGAAUGACAUCCUGGAACAGAAAAAGGACUGUAGGGAGAAAUAUGUUCUCUCUGACCAAAAAGGCUAAAGGGAUCUCCGAAGUGCUGGCACACAACUGUCUUUGCAGCUGUUUUGGAAGUUGCCAGAAGCUGGGAAUGUGAACAGAGCAUAUGCUUCCAUGUGACGUUUCUUCCAUUCACGGACCAAAGGCGCGCCAGAGACUGGUCAGUAGAAGUUGGCAGCGGCUCCUUUCCCUCCUCUCCACGCCCUGGACAGCACCCGCAGGUGUCUCUGCUGGGGGCGGGCCUGCGCUAGGAUGCCAGCAAACUCCAGGCUGGUAAUGAAGAAAUGGUGCAAAUAGAUUUACCAAUAAAGCGACAGGGAGAGUAUGAGCUGGUGACUCCGAUCAGCACCAACCUAGAAGGACACUAUCUCUCCCAUAUUCUUUCAGCAAAUCACAAAAAGAGGUCAGCGAGGGACGUGUCUUCCAACCCUGAGCAGCUGUUCUUUAACAUCACAGCAUUCGGAAGAGAUUUUCACCUGCGACUAAAGCCCAACACGCAGCUGGUGGCUCCCGGGGCCGUUGUGGAGUGGCGCGAGACGUCCCUGGUGCCGGGGAACAUAACUGACCCCGUUAAUGGCCAUCAGCCAGAAAUUGCUUCAGAAAGAACCUGGAAAACAGAGCCUUUGCAGACCAACUGUGCUUAUGUGGGUGACAUCAUGGACGUUCCGGGAACCUCGGUUGCCAUUAGCAACUGCGACGGUCUGGCUGGAAUGAUAAAAAGUGAUAAUGAAGAGUAUUUCAUCGAGCCCUUGGAAAGAGGUAAACAGAUGGAGGAAGAAAAAGGAAGGAUCCAUGUUGUCUACAAGAGAUCAGCAGUAGAACGGGCCCCCAUAGACAUGUCCAGAGACUUCCACUACAGAGAACCGGACCUGGAGGGCCUGGAGGGUCUGGGCGCCGUCUACGGCAGCGUCGGGCAGCAGCUGAGCGCCGCGGCCCGGCGCCGCAGGCACGCCGGCGAGGACGACUACAACAUCGAGGUGCUGCUGGGGGUGGACGACUCGGUGGUCCGCUUCCAUGGCAAAGAGCACGUCCAGAACUACCUCCUCACGCUCAUGAACAUCGUGAAUGAAAUUUACCACGAUGAGUCCCUUGGAGUGCAUAUAAAUGUGGUCCUGGUGCGCAUGAUAAUGCUGGGUUAUGCAAAGUCCAUCAGCCUCAUAGAGAGGGGGAACCCAUCCAGGAGCUUGGAGAAUGUGUGUCGCUGGGCUUGCCAACAACAAAAAUCUGAUCUCAACCACUCCGAGCACCACGAUCACGCAAUCUUCUUAACCAGGCAAGACUUUGGGCCUGCUGGAAUGCAAGGAUAUGCUCCAGUCACGGGCAUGUGUCACCCAGUGAGAAGUUGUACCCUCAAUCACGAGGAUGGUUUCUCAUCUGCUUUUGUAGUAGCCCAUGAAACUGGCCAUGUGUUGGGCAUGGAGCAUGACGGGCAAGGCAACAGGUGCGGCGACGAGACUGCCAUGGGGAGUGUCAUGGCUCCCCUGGUGCAAGCCGCCUUCCAUCGCUACCACUGGUCCCGGUGCAGCGGCCAGGAGCUGAAAAGAUACAUCCAUUCCUAUGACUGUCUACUCGAUGACCCUUUUGAACAUGAUUGGCCCAAACUCCCAGAACUUCCUGGAAUCAAUUAUUCUAUGGAUGAGCAAUGUCGUUUUGAUUUUGGUGUUGGUUAUAAAAUGUGCACUGCGUUUCGAACCUUCGACCCAUGCAAACAGCUGUGGUGCAGCCAUCCUGAUAAUCCCUACUUUUGUAAGACCAAAAAGGGACCCCCACUCGAUGGAACUGAAUGUGCUGCUGGAAAAUGGUGCUACAAGGGCCACUGCAUGUGGAAGAACGCUAACCAGCAAAGGCAGGAUGGCAACUGGGGGUCCUGGACCAAGUUCGGCUCCUGUUCUCGGACAUGUGGGACUGGUGUUCGCUUCAGAACACGCCAGUGCAAUAAUCCCAUGCCCAUCAAUGGCGGUCAGGAUUGUCCUGGUGUUAACUUUGAGUACCAGCUUUGUAACACGGAAGAAUGCCAGAAACACUUCGAGGACUUCAGAGCCCAGCAGUGCCAGCAGCGCAACUCCCACUUUGAAUACCAGGGCGCCAAGCACCACUGGCUGCCGCACGAGCACUCUGACGCCAAGAAAAGAUGCCACCUUUACUGUCAAUCCAAAGAGACGGGAGAUGUUGCUUACAUGAAACAGCUGGUACAGGACGGAACUCGCUGCUCUUACAAAGAUCCGUACAGCAUCUGCGUGCGGGGCGAGUGUGUGAAAGUGGGCUGUGAUAAAGAAAUCGGUUCCAACAAGGUGGAGGAUAAGUGUGGUGUCUGCGGAGGUGAUAACUCCCACUGUCGCACCGUGAAGGGGACAUUUACCAGGACGCCCAGGAAGCUUGGGUACCUUAAGAUGUUUGAUAUACCCCCUGGGGCUAGACAUGUGUUAAUCCAAGAAGACGAGGCUUCUCCUCAUAUUCUUGCUAUUAAGAACCAGGCUACAGGCCACUAUAUUUUAAAUGGCAAAGGGGAGGAGGCCAAGUCACGGACAUUCAUAGACCUUGGUGUGGAGUGGGAUUAUAACAUCGAAGAUGACAUUGAAACUCUGCAUACCGAUGGCCCCUUACAUGAUCCUGUUAUUGUGUUGAUCAUACCUCAAGAGAAUGACACCCGCUCUAGCCUGACAUACAAGUACAUCAUCCACGAAGACUCUGUCCCUACGAUCAACAGCAACAACGUCAUCCAGGAAGAACUAGACACUUUCGAGUGGGCUUUGAAGAGCUGGUCUCAGUGCUCCAAACCCUGUGGCGGAGGUUUGCAGUACACCAAAUACGGAUGCCGUAGGAAAAGUGAUAAUAAAAUGGUUCAUCGCAGCUUUUGUGAGGCCAAUAAAAAGCCGAAACCCAUUAGACGAAUGUGCAAUAUCCAAGAGUGUACACACCCACUCUGGGUGGCAGAAGAGUGGGAACACUGCACCAAAACCUGCGGCACUUCCGGCUACCAGCUUCGCACCGUGCGCUGCCUGCAGCCCCUGCACAACGGCACGGCCCGCUCUGUGCACAGCAAGCACUGCGCGGGGGACCGCCCCGAGAGCCGCCGGCCCUGCAGCAGAGUGCCCUGCCCCGCACAGUGGAAGACGGGGCCCUGGAACGAGUGCUCCGUCACCUGCGGGGAGGGCACGGAGGUGAGGCAGGUCCUGUGCAGGGCCGGGGACCACUGCGACGGAGAGAGGCCCGAGGCCGUCAGGGCCUGUCGGCUGCCUCCCUGCAACGAUGAACCAUGUUUGGGAGACAAGUCCAUAUUCUGUCAGAUGGAGGUGCUGGCCCGGUACUGCUCCAUCCCGGGCUAUAACAAGCUGUGCUGUGAGUCGUGCAGCAAGCGCAGUGGCACCCUGCCACCGCCGUACCUCCUAGAAGCUGCGGAAAUGCACGACGAUGUCAUCUUCAACCCUAGUGACCUCCCUGGGUCUCUCGUGAUGCCAACAUCUUUGGUUCCUCCUCCUCCAGAGGGCCGUGCGGAGAGGAGAUCUCUGAGUAGCGUCUCUUCCGUGGGAGGUCCAGACGCAUUCGCCGCUCUCAGGCCAGACAGUAGACCCGACGGUGCUAGCUCACCCCAGAGGCGAGCCCAGCCAGCAGGAAGCAGGACUGGGGGGCUGGCCUGGGCGCCGUCCUCCCCACCCGCCCAGCGCGGCCACCGCGACCCAGCUCCCCAGACGGCUGCCGCCUCCUUCCUGGCAGUCAGGGAUUCAAUAGGUGCUUCUUCUCAGGCAAGAACCUCAAAGGGAGACGAACAGAUUCUUGACAAGAGACAUCCGAUAAGAUCAUCUGCUUUGGAAAGAUGAGAAAGUGAACCCAAAAAGCUGGAAAUCAGGGGGGAACCUGCCAGCUCCCUCUCCCCGCGGUGCAUGCGCUUGUUGCAAGUGGAAAUCUGCGCAGUCAUCGACUCGUUUCAUCUGUCAGUGGAAGAACAAAAGUGCUGGUUCACUUUCUAGUUGCUUUCAUCCUCCCACUGUUCUGCAUUGACUCGUUUACCAGAAUUCAUCGGAAGAAAGCACCAAAGAUUAUCACCAGGAGAAAAAUUACGUUACCAAGUGCGUCGGUCACUCUCUGAAGCAGAAAAGGGACUGGAACCAAUUGUGCAUAUCAGUUGAUUUUUUGUCUGUUUGUUUGUUUUAAAAAAGUUACAGUAAAAAUAAAGAGAUACCAAUGGUUUACACUUUAACAAGAAAUUUUGGAAAUGGAGCAAAGAAUUCUUAGACUUGUAUUCCUAUUUAUCUAUAUUAGAAAUAUUGUAUGAGCAAAUUUGCAGCUGUCGUGUAAAUACUGUAUAUUGCAGAAAUCAGUAUUAUUUUAAGAGAGGUGUUCUCAAAUGAUUGUUUACUAUAUUACAUUUCUGGAUGUUCUAGGUGCCUGUCAUUGAGUAUUGCCUUAUUUGACAUGUCAUAGUUGACUUUCAAAGCAGAAUAUUACAAACGAGAAGUUAGAAUCACAGCUACUGACAAUACAAAAGGUUUUUUUUUUUAAUGUGGUUUUAUUGAAUCAACAAUCUGAUACCCAAAUUAUAGAUAAAGAAAAAAAACAGAGAAGCUGCAGACAUACAGAUUUCAGCUUACCUAUUGCCUUCUGGUCUUAUAAUUAAAAAGAAGAGGAUUAAUAUCUUAGUAUACUUGUGGUCAUGGGGAACAAAGAACAGUUAAUGAACCCAUGCAAGACUAAACUGAAACCCUUCUACCAGAACCUCAAUAGGUGCCAGUGAGGUGCUCUAUGUUCUUGUGUUGUAAUUUUUUUUUAUUUUAUCAUUGUUGAUAUAUACAAACAGUUAUGCCGAAUGUACUGUAAUAAUCACAAAGAAAAAUGUUUGGGGAUGACUUGUUUGUAUGUUGGUAGCUGAGAAAAAUAUCAAUCUAGAAUUGAAAUUCGAGUAUAAUAGGGCUUUGGGGCUUUGGAGGCAGGAUCAAGAAAGCAUUUGUCAAUGGUUGAGAUAUUUAUUUUCUACAUGGUUCAUAUUCAAAUGUUCACAACCACAAUGCAUCUGACUGCAAUAACGUGCUAGUAAUUUAUAUCAGUGAUCACCUUGCUCACAGCAAAGCCAGAAAUGCUGUCUCCAGGGAGUAGAGGAAAAGAACUGGAAAAAAAAAUCAAAAACCAAAAAAAUUAAUAAAAAGUGAAUUUUUUUCCUUGAUAGUAUUUUUAUGUCCUAAAUAUUUACACUAAUAUCAAUGACAUAUUUUGGUAAACUAGAGAGACUUAAUUAUAGAUGCAUGCUUUGUUCUGUGCAUAGAGGAGAAAUUUAAACAAACUAUACCGUACCCGACUCAAAGAGCUAAAAUUGAACAAAUUUGAUGUUAUUAAAACAUUUUGCAUUUUUAAAGUAGUUGAAAUUAGGUUGAUAGUUUGUUCCCCUUCAAGGAAAUAUAAAAUUGUAUGGACUCAGCUAGCUAUUUAAUGAAGUAGUGAAUUAGAAACAUUUUUAAAAGUAUGUGAAAGAAAUAAAUCUUUCGUGAAUUAUACGUAAAAGGGAAAAGAAAGAUAAAUGCUAUCAGCAUAAUGUUUUUGAGGUCAGUACCUGAGCUGUCUAAAGAUAUACUAUGCAAACUAAAAUGUAGAUAUGUUAACCUCUCAAAGCACAGAAUAUACAAGAACGUUUGCAUUUUAACCAUCAGAAACUUACAGCUUUUAAUCUAUUGACUCUAUACCUCUAAGAAUUGCUGCUACUUUGUGCAAGAAUUAUGAAGGUCAAAUGAAAUGAAUUAGAUUAAUUCCAGAUAGUAAAACAAUCCCUGAGCCUUAAGUUAGAAGUCUUUUUUUUUUUUUCCUAAAAAUUGCCCUAGAAUAAAAUUCUCUCUAGUUUACUCACGUGUGCAUACGUCUGGUCCACAGGGAAAUAUAGAGAAAGAUGGUCACACACAUACACCUCCCAUAAAGAUGUACAUGUUUGUUAUACUUGUCACCUUUGAGCUUUCUUUUCUACUAAGCUAAAAAUUUCCUUUUAUCAAAGUGUACACUACUGAUGCUGUUUGUUGUAUUGGGAGCGCGUAGCAAUAAAAAUGUUAACGGAAUAUA